CGAGGAGGGAUACUUAGUUUUGUAUUUGCAUAUGUAUUAUUUUUUUUAAAGUAAAGCCGUAUGGGAAACCAAAGUACAGUUUGACAUAGCAAACAGUGUCUCGUUUAAUACCACUGGAAGGAGUACGAUUAAAAGCAUUUACAAUAGAUGCAUUCGUCAUAUUUCCUCGCUGUAGGUCGCAUGCGCAAUUUCUAACGGCUCGGUUAUGGGGUUAUAAGGCAAGGUGACUGUGGGCCUUUUCGGUGUAUACCCUUUCAUCUGACAGUUUUUGCUACGGGUGGCAUAGAGUGAUAUUUGCAGCUGUGAUCGUGCGUUAUGUCUUCCCUGGGGCGGGUUGUCUCUGUUCUCCGUAGUGGGACGUACGUACUCCGGCAGGCUGGAACGAAAUCUGGACUUAGAAGUGCUGGGAGCGAUUCUCAUGUAGGUCCAAGUUACCGACAGAUGCCAUGCGUUGCCAAGAAGCCAAUAUUCCAGGCUGAGCUUCUUAGUGGUUUCAUGUGGUUUUGGAUAUUGUGGCAUUUCUGGCACACACCUGAAGCUGUAUUUGGUCACUUCCCUUAUCCAGAUCCAUCUCAGUGGACAGAUGAAGAGCUCGGAAUCCCUAGAAUGAGGAAUAAACAAGGAUUCUUUUAAAUGUUCUUGUUUGGAAUUCCGUGCGCAAAGUGAGCUACUUUCAAAAAAAGUUCCAAGUUGUAAAUAGAAUUCUUAAUAAAGCUGUAUUACAUACUAAGCA